AGAUGAUCAAUAUCUUCAAUUCUCCAAUUGAUCCAUCACAACUUGAUGAAUUUGCACAAGGAAAACAACAGGAAGAUGGUGAUGAACAAAUUUUCGAUGUGAAGAAGCGCAAACCACAAGUGACAUACAGUGGUGAUGGGCGGCGAAUGUUGGAUGGUGUUGUCGAAAAACAACAUGAAUCAAAUGCUCUUUGGACAACUGCAAUUACAAGAGGAGUUGCAAAUGAAUGGCGUGAAGAAGCAACUGGUACACGUCUUCAGAAGACAAAGAGAUAUCUCUCCAAAGUCACAUAUGAUGCACAAGUACUAGUACGUCAAACAUAUCGUCGCCAUGGAACUGAAAUCCUCAUCGCCACAAAUGUGAUACUAUUAUUAUUGUUUUUGUACAUUUGUCGACUAUUUCCAUUCAAUAAAUGAGUUUUUAUGAUUGGAAAAUAAAUAUUGCUUACAAU